AUGUCAGACGACAUGAACCAAGAGCUCGAGCUUAUUCUGACUGAGGCGGUAGCUGCAGACGAGCGAUGGGCCGAGAUGCAGCAGGAGCUGACACAGCUGGAAAUCUCAAGUCAAUUUGACGCAAAACAACCUGCAACAGAUAAAGAUCGAUCGGAUGGGUUCGCUAUUGAGUUGGCCCAGUGUGCCUGGGGAAACGCCACUGUAACCAAUCACCGUCAUGGGAAUCGAGGGGUUCGGGAUGUGAGUGUAAAACGUCGCAAAAUCGGUACCAGCGAUGGAGACUCGGGCAGGAACGGUGAAGGGCGAGUUGGUCGCAAACGUGCCGUCGAUGCUCGGGAUUCGGGAAUGUUUGGAGACGGUACUCUUAGUGAAAUGUACACUCGUAUACUGAUUAUUGGAGAGACGGUCUUCUUAUUGAAACGCAUACUCGGAUUUUAA